UUUCUUCCCAAAUACCUGUCGAAAAACACAAAAUUUAUAUCUCAUUCAUGGAGAUACUUGAAGAAAUUGUAUCCGAAGCAAAAGAAUUUUUAUGUGAUUUCUUUGACGACGACAAUAUAUAUACACAAAUUAUAUUAGCAUCUUCUAUCGGUUUGAUAAUUGCAGCUGCAAUGCACAUCCGUUUUGGGAAAAUAAGCAACCAAAAGAUCAUACCAUGGAUACGAGUUUCUAAAACCAGACAACCAUUAAAGAUGGAGAGAUUUCCUGAUUAUGUAGCUAGACAGAUGGGUUUUCAUGAUAACCGAGAAUGUCCAUAUAUGUGCAAAUUAGCUUCUGAUUACAUCAGGAAAGAAGAAGGGUGUGAGGAAGAGAUGUAUUCGUUUUUCGCAGAUAAUCCACAGGCUGAUUCUCUGUUUAUAAAAUUGAUUGAGGAAUUUGAGAGAUGUAUUCUUAGUUACUUUGCUUUUCAUUGGAGCCAUGCUUCUUUCAUGAUCAGCCAGGUUUUGGGCCCUGAUGGACAUGAGCCGAAAAAGAAGCUCAAGAACAUAGUCAUGCAAGCCACGAGGGAACAGAGGUUUGAGAGGGUGACAAAGAACCUGAAAGUAGCACGGGUGUUCACAACAUUAGUAGAGGAAAUGAAGGCAAUAGGCCUUGUAUCUGCAGACGAUUCACAAUGUACUGAUGUUAUGGUUCCAAUGGCACACAAAGAUCGUAGUCCACUUCUCCUUUUUAUGGGUGGUGGCAUGGGAGCCGGAAAGAGUACUGUUCUUAAGGACCUUCUUAAAGAGCCAUUUUGGGCAGGAGCAUCAGCAAAUGCUGUUGUGAUAGAGGCAGAUGCAUUCAAAGAAUCUGAUGUUAUUUAUAGAGCUCUUAGCAAGAGAGGCCAUCAUGACAUGCUUCAUACAGCUGAACUGGUGCAUCAAUCGUCUACGGAUGCAGCAUCAUCACUUCUUGUAACAGCACUAAACGAGGGUAGAGAUGUGAUUAUGGACGGGACUCUCUCGUGGGUUCCCUUUGUUGUGCAAACUAUAACAAUGGCAAGAAAUGUUCACCGAAAACGUUAUCGUAUGGGGCCUGGUUACAAAGUAAACUCGGAUGGAAGUGUGAUUGAGAACUAUUGGGAACAACUUGAAGAAGAAAGUGAGUUAGUAGAUGGUAAUCAAAAAAGAAGACCAUACAGGAUAGAACUAGUUGGUGUUGUUUGUGAUCCUUAUUUAGCUGUCAUAAGAGGCAUAAGGAGAGCUGUUAUGUGCCGAAGAGCUGUGAGGGUCAGGUCACAGCUAACAUCACACAAGCGAUUUGCAAAGGCCUUUGUGACAUACUGUCAACUUGUAGACAACGCAAGAUUAUAUCUAACCAAUGCUUUAGAAGGACCACCCAAGCUGAUAGGAUGGAAAGACAAAGAAAAGACAUUAUUGGUUGAUCCAGACGAAAUCAAGAUAUUGAAUAUGUUACAAAAGCUGAACGAGACAGCAGACUCAAUAUAUGAACUUUAUAAGAAACCAAGUCCAGCGAAUGAACAAGGCUCGGUAUGGAAAGACAUUGUUAUGUCACCUACAAGGUUAAGUAUUCAGAAAGAGCUCAAGUAUGCUAUUCAGAAAGCUGAAGUCUCCAAAUAAU